AUGGCGACGAUGGACGAAGCGAAGUUUACCAACGCUGUCUCUGCAACGACCGAGGAACUCAUCCUCACAAACUACCAAGAGCAAAACACAGACAACGUAACGCAGUGCUACGCAUGCAUGAAGCAAGCCGGAAUCGAAGUAGACAAGAACAGCGAACCCAGCCUACAAAUGCGGUACAAGAUCCAUAAUUUCUGCAACACCGCAGUCCCGAACCUAUACGAUAUACUCGCUCUAUUCCUCGUCUGGCUCAAGUCCACCGACGAGCCCGUGGACAACAACACCGAGCUGGGCAACAUACCCUCGAUAACUACUCUGGCCGAUCGCUUCACAAAGACAGAUCUCGGCUCGGAACACGGAGACGUCAUGGCUUGGGAGUACGCUUUCUUCCGGCGAUAUGAUACCGACGCAGUACUUACAGCAACUACCGAAGCACUGGCCGUAUACAAGCUACGGCGCGGCAAGAAAGGCAGGCCAGACUACCUCGUUCCCGUUGACAGAUCCCAAUUCGACAAGUCAAACGGUGGCAUGGCUAUUCCAUGA